UUGUGUUUGUGUCCCUUAUUUAAGUUUUAUGGUAUUUAUCAUCUAAUUUUGAAAUAAAAUCGUUGAAAAUGUUCAAAUUGGAUUCAGUUCAGAUGCCUCAACAACUUAGUCAGGCUGCACACGACCGUGAGAAAGUAUUUCAAUGGAUUGUCGAACUGUGUAAUACUGAAACCAGAGAAAACGCACUUUCUGAGCUCAGCUCAAGGCGUGAUAUUAUUCAUGAUCUUGGACCAAUGAUUUGGCAUACGACAGGCACUAUAGCAGCAUUAUUGUUUGAAAUUGUGUCUACUUAUCAGUUUGUUAACCCUCCGACUAUGUCGCUUCAACAAGUGACACGACUUUGCAAUGCUCUGGCACUCUUACAGUGUGUAGGUGCUCACCCUGAUACACGUUCUCAGUUCCUUAAGGCCCAAAUACCUCUUUAUAUGUAUCCAUUCCUACAUAAUGCCAACAAAUGUCGUAAUUUUGAACAUCUAAGACUUACAAGUUUGGGCGUGAUUGGUGCUUUAGUAAAGACAGAAGAACAAGAAGUUAUCACCUUCCUUCUGACAACUGAAAUUAUUCCGCUGUGUCUACGUAUUAUGGAAACUGGUUUUGAAUUAACUAAAACACUAUCAACUUUUAUACUGCAAAAAAUACUUAUGGAUGACAAUGGUUUAAGUUACAUUUGUCAAACAUAUGAUAGGUUUUCUCAUGUUGCCCUCAUACUUGGGAAAAUGGUCUUAGCACUUGAAAGAGAACCAUCUACUAGACUACUGAGACAUGUUGUGGGAUGUUAUGUUCGUUUGUCAGAGAACUCAAGAGCUCGUGAAGCACUUCGGCAAUGUUUACCUGAUCAAUUAAAAGAUAUGUCAACUUUUGCAGACUGUCUCGCCAGAGACCAGACGAUUGCUGCUUGGUUACUACUGUUGAAAAAUAAUUUGGAGUCUGUUAUGCCUAUUGAUGUAUCUCCUGGUGUUCCAUCUCUAGUCAAGCCAUAAUAUAAUAGCAUUUAAAAUAUUUACAAUUCAAACAAAAAUCACAGUCAUUUUGAUUAUCAUAUCAAUUUGAUAUUAGUUAGUAGCGAAUGACAAUGUACUUAUCUCUCGACAUUUAUGUGUUAAUUGGGUGGGAAGGGGAUUAAAUAAUAUUAAUAAAGUAACUUGAGUCUGACUUAUUAUUA